CAUUCCGCUUCCGGCGUCUCGCGGAGUUCCGCCAUGGCCUCCAAGACAGCGAAUCGUACCCCUCCGAGGUCUCGUCGGGAGCCGGCGGGGCGCGCCCCGGGACGGGACAAGUACUCGGUGCUGUUGCCCACCUACAACGAGCGCGAGAACCUGCCGCUCAUCGUGUGGCUGCUGGUGAAAAGCUUCUCCGAGAGUGGAAUCAACUAUGAAAUUAUAAUCAUAGAUGAUGGGAGCCCAGAUGGAACAAGGGAGGUUGCUGAACAGUUGGAGAAGAUCUAUGGAUCAGACAAAAUUCUUCUAAGACCACGGGAGAAAAAGUUGGGACUAGGAACUGCAUAUAUACAUGGAAUGAAACAUGCCACAGGAAACUACAUAAUUAUUAUGGAUGCUGAUCUCUCACACCAUCCAAAAUUUAUUCCUGAAUUCAUUAGGAAGCAAAAGGAAGGUAAUUUUGACAUUGUCUCUGGAACUCGCUACAAAGGAAAUGGAGGUGUUUAUGGCUGGGAUUUGAAAAGAAAAUUAAUCAGCCGUGGGGCCAAUUUUGUAACUCAGAUUUUGCUGAGACCAGGAGCAUCUGAUUUAACAGGAAGUUUCAGGUUAUAUCGAAAAGAAGUUCUACAGAAAUUAAUAGAAAAAUGUGUUUCUAAAGGCUACGUUUUCCAGAUGGAAAUGAUUGUUCGAGCAAGACAGUUGAAUUAUACUAUUGGCGAGGUUCCAAUAACAUUUGUGGAUCGUGUUUACGGUGAAUCCAAGUUGGGAGGAAAUGAAAUAGUCUCUUUCUUGAAAGGAUUAUUGACUCUCUUUGCAACUACAUAAAAGAAAGUUAUUCUUAUUUAUCACAUUCAUUUCAAUUUAAACAUAGAGGAAGCCUGGUUGCUGACUUUUAUAAAAUGUACUCUUAGAGCAUAAAUUAUAGGUAAGGUAAAUUUCAUGCAAAUCUUUUUUUCUGAAGAAGUUCCAUUUUAUAUAUUAAAAUAGAAAAAUGAGCAGUGUUCUCAGUUUUCUUUAACAUUUUGCUGUAUUAAGACCUACAAAUAAAUGCAUAUGGGUUUUUUGCAUAAAA